UGUCAUCGGGGUCCUGAUAGAUGUAGGUGUCCUUGGCGGUGCCUGCUCCAUUCUCCUCGGUGCUGUCAGUCUACGGCUCGGCAUCUGUCCCGGAAUCACCAUGUCUGAGGAGACGGAGCGCUCAGAUGACCGCAUCGUCAAGAUGGAGGUGGACUACAGUGCCACCGUGGACCAGCGGCUGCCGGAGUGCGAGAAGCUUGCAGCGGAGGGAAAACUCCAGGAAGUAAUAGAGACGUUGCUGUCCCUGGAGAAACAGACCCGGACGGCGUCUGACAUGUUGUCCACAGCUCGCAUCCUGGUCGCCGUCGUGAAGAUGUGCUAUGAAGCGAAAGAGUGGGACCUGCUGAACGAGAACGUCAUGCUGCUGUCCAAGAGGAGGAGCCAGCUCAAACAGGCCGUGGCCAAGAUGGUGCAGCAGUGCUGUAAAUACGUGGAGGAGAUCACAGACCUUCCCAUCAAGCUGAAGUUAAUCGACACGCUGCGGACCGUGACCGAGGGAAAGAUUUACGUGGAGAUUGAGCGGGCUCGUCUCACCAACACCUUGGCUGGAAUCAAGGAGCAGAGCGGGGAUGUGACGGAGGCGGCGUCCAUCCUGCAGGAGCUUCAGGUGGAGACCUAUGGAUCCAUGGAGAAGAAGGAGAAGGUGGAGUUCAUCCUGGAGCAGAUGCGGCUGUGCCUGGCGGUCAAGGAUUACAUCCGCACCCAGAUCAUCAGCAAGAAGAUCAACACCAAGUUUUUCCAGGAUGAAAACAGUGAGCAACUGAAGCUGAAGUACUACAACCUGAUGAUCCAGGUGGACCAGCAUGAAGGCUCCUACCUCUCCAUAUGUAAGCACUACCGCGCCAUUUACGACACGCCGUGCAUUCAGGCGGAGAGUGAGAAGUGGCAGCAGGCUCUGAAGAGCGUCGUCCUCUACGUCAUCCUGUCCCCCUACGACAACGAGCAGUCCGACCUGGUGCACAGGAUAAGUGCCGACAAGAAGCUGGAAGACAUCCCCAAGUACAAGGAUCUGCUGAAGCUUUUCACCACGAUGGAGCUGAUGCGGUGGAGCGUGCUGGUGGAGCAGUACGGGAAGGAGCUGAGGGAAGGCUCCUUGGACAGUGAAGCCACAGACGUCUUCAGUUGCACGGAGCAGGGGGAGAAGCACUGGAAGGACUUGAAGAACCGAGUAGUGGAGCAUAAUAUCAGAAUAAUGGCGAAGUAUUACACGCGGAUCACGAUGAAGAGAAUGGCGCAGCUGCUAGAUCUCUCCGUAGACGAGUCUGAGGAGUUCCUCUCCACUUUAGUCGUCAAUAAGACGAUCUACGCCAAGGUGGACCGGCUGGCCGGGAUCAUCAACUUCCAACGGCCGAAGGACCCCAACGACCUCCUGAACGACUGGUCCCAGAAGCUGAACUCGCUGAUGGCGCUGGUCAACAAGACGACGCACCUGAUCGCCAAGGAGGAGAUGAUCCACAACCUGCAGUGACCGCCUGCGGGGGGUGCUGCGUCAUCAGACUGUGUUUUUUAUGUUUUGCUUUAUGUUUUGUUUAAUCUUAAUAAUAAAAUGGAGGGUCUGAUGACUUCCGAUUCCUCACUG